UCGAAUUUCAAAUGAUCGGAUACUAACUUCACGAUGUUACUAUGCACAGCGCUUCGUGGAUUCAGUUAAUAAGAAACAUUCAUUUUUAUACGACAAGCGAAAUGGCUCUGAAAAUAAUUUAUCCAAGUACAGUUGGCCUUUUACUUCUUUUUUGUCUGCACUUAUCUCACAUAGCUUCUGCAUUGAACAUGGAAUCAACACAUUUUCUAAAACCUGAAGAUUUAUAUGAAAAUAAUAAGCCUGGGUUACAAAUAUUCUGUCACAAUGCCAACACAAAAUAUUUGAUACACAUAUGGAGAAGUUUAAGCAUGCAUUUAAAUACAAAUAUAGAUAACUAUGACAUUUAUGAUGGAAAAACAGCACAAGAAGUGAUACAGAAGCACGAUGAUAAUCAGAGAUCUUGGAAUCUGAAUUUAUUUGGUACAAAGAAGCAAAAGAAAUUUAAAAUCAAUCCAUUUGAGGAUGUCUGCAUUGGCAUAUACGUAUAUCCUUCAAACCUACACAAAUACACAAUGAGUAUGACGCAAACAAAUAUCGAUGCUUCCAACCUAAUACAAAUGUUAUUGGGUGCUUUAUUAUAUUGGAGUGCCCGCAAAUUAAGUGGAAAUCCUUUAUUUUAUUACUUAUGUGGUAUCACACUUGGGAUUACUACUUCGAUCAUUAUUUUAGUAUACUUUGUUAGCAAAUUGUUACCAAGGGGUAAAGUUAUGUACUUGAUGGUAGCCACUGGUUGGACAAUGAGUUUUUAUUUGAUACAAGCGUUAUGGGAAAAUGCUCGACUGAUUGCGGUCCAGUACAGGGAAUGGGUCACAUGGUACAUACUAUUAACAUCUCUAAUUAGUUUUGUAAUUUGCUACCGUUUUGGCCCUGUUACGAAUGCUAGAACGAAAAAGAUCAUCGAAUGGUUCUUGCAGAUAGUAGGAUUAGCUAUGAUGUACUCCAGCAGUUACUUCCGCGAAGCAUCAUUGUUUUGUUGCGUCAUACUUAUUCUUGUUUGUAAUUUCCCAGUUGUACUGAUUCGAAGAGGGAGAAAUUAUUGGAAGAGUAUGUUUCCUGAGAGAAGAAAAUUAUUAACCGACGAUGAAUAUCGUAAGGAAGCAAUAAGAGAAACAAAUAAAGCGUUAAACGAACUGAAAGGCUACUGUUCCAGUCCCGAGUGUAAUCCAUGGAGGACAAUUCUAAAAUUAAAAGAUCCGAUCAGGUUGUUACCCGAACGAAUAAAAAAAGGAAUCAGCAGCCGGCAAUUUAAACAACUUAAUUUUUUAGGUUCGCCAAAUUUAUGGAAGGUGAAUCGCAUUUGUCGGAAGACGAAUCGCGAGAGUACGACGCUGAAAUUACGAGAAUCGUAGAAGAAUGCGAGUACACAGACGAAGAUGAUUUUUAAUGAAAUUUAAGGUACCUGACUUUUCCUAUUUACGGUACUAAAGUACAAAGUGAUAUAAACAGGGGAUUUUAGCAAACUUCGUGUGACUUUCGUUUACGUUUGUUUGAUGAAAUAUGUAUAGAUAUUAUUAUUAGAAACGUUUUAUGUAAAAUACCGUUUUCGAAUAAAAUCGUCGUGUCUGGCUUAGCCGGAGCUAAAGAAAUAUCCAGCUAAUGCCAGAUCCGAUUUACCAACAGUUUCA